AUGGAAUAUGUAGAACCGCACACAGACAAUGCGACCGUGCCUCUUUGGCCACGUGUGUACAUCUGUCAACUCUAUCUGAAUCCAAUGCGGCGACGACCUGGCACGAACACUGGCAUCAGGAACUUGACCAAGUCGACCUGCACCCGCGCCGCGCCGCGCCGCGCCGCACACGACCCUGCUGGCCUAGACU